ACCAUGUUCAUGGAUUUUCGAACAAUUUCUUCGGUCACAAAACGGGCAACUUUCUAACCGUGGCUAUUGUCAGUGACAGUGUGACCAGCUCCUAUUCAUAAAAAAAAAUUAUGAAAAUGCUUUUAUGACUAUGAGUAAAUAGUAGUAUGAGUAUAGUAUGACUAAGACUACUAUAUGAGUAUCAGAGUAUGAUUGCCUGGCUUAUGAAUAACAUCGCUUUGAAUUCGGAUUUAUUCAACUUAAGGCUUUAUAAUAUUAUUGAAGUUAUGGCUUAUUACCUUUUAAAAAGUUUUUGUGAUACUGAAAACUUAAAGAGAUACACUCAUCAAUAAUAAAUCUUUAUUACCCAAGCCCAAUGCUGAUAAUAAAUGAUAAAAUGAUUCAUUGCGACUCAUGAUUAUGAUUACAAAUUUGAAAUGAUGUAGUCUUAAAUGUAGCUGAUUGAAGUUUAGAUGCAAAUUGAGUUGAGAGUAAACUUUGCACUGAUAGCUUUCUCUACUUCCUUAUUCUUAAGCAGAGUUUUAAACUAUUUAAAGGGUUCUUCAAAUUAUUUCUCUGCACUUGUCUGAAUCAAACUCUUUUAAAUUAAAGUUGUUUUACAGUUAUUAAGUUAUUAGAUGUAGUCUAACAAUUGGCAAUCCUCCAAAGUCCCUUUCAAAAUUAUUUUGUUAGAAAAUAGCAGAAAUGUAAGUCAUAGCUUCUGCAAAUAACUGUCGCUUUACAAACCAUUUAGUAAAUACUAAAUGUUGUAAUUGGUGCAUAGCAUUUGCAAAUAGCAGCAGAAAACGUUCUGCUUGUGACCGUUGCGCAACUGAAACCCCCCAAUUAGCUGGAAAACAGACCUUGACUAGUACCACUCUGAUGGCGGAGUUUAUGUUUUGCUUGCAUCCAAAGUCCUUCAAUAGUUUCUGUGUGAAUUUUCUGGUCUACUGAAUCGACAAAUUCAUGCGCGUGCACAAUGACAGCGUGAGCAUAAAUCCUAUUGUUAGCUGAAGGACAUUUUGAUAUCCUUGCAAAGCGACGAUAGUUGUCCCUCGUAACACAAUUCAUAAUCAACACGUCUCUGUCCAUGGUGAUAUUUUCUAUGGAAAAAGUAACUCGCAUCCAUCUCAACAAAAACAGAUUGGCCGUUUGCAUCGAAGCCUCCCAGCAGUUGAUUGGUUGUCAGCAUCCAUUACAGCAUUCCUGACGAAGAUAGUUGUUAUAGUUGACGCCGAUAGUGUCCCAGCUAACCAGACACUCGAACAACAUAACGUGUUUACACUUGACUUUGUAAACCUAAGAAUACAUGAUAAUAACUAUUUUUUCAGUUUUUAGAUGGCAGUUGGCAAAGAAUGACCCGGUUCUAACACUACUGUGGGUGUAGCAUGGGUGAUAACGCCACGAAAAACCGUAGUUGCAUUCUGCACGAGCGACUAACGCCAUAGGACGCCUGCUUGUUCCAAAAUUAACGUUGUUUCUGAUCAAGGGGUGUCGGGCCAGCCACUCCAACCAUUCACGCAUUACAGCAUAAAACUCACACAGAGUAUCUUCAAUUCUGCCUAGCUGUGCUGCUGGCAAAAUAACCCAACUAAUGCUUAUCGGUGCGGCUGGUCUACUGCCAUAAUCUAACAAAUUUAUUGAAAUAUAAGCAAACAUGAAUUUCAAAACAAAAGUAAGGAGUAAUCUUUGGAAAUAAUUUGGGACCGGACUUCGGAGGAUUGCCUAACAAUCAUAUAUACCUAUUUUGUCACAAAUAAUUGAUGAACAUCCUGAGCUGGCUAAGCAAGCAGUAAAAAACUUAAUUUUUAGAUAAGUGUAUACAUUGCACAGCAACAAAGACAAGAGCAGUUUAGAGUGCUAAGAAUACUAAGCUGACAAGCAUUUGUGUAAUUCUUGAUUAUUUAGAUUUAAAAUGCCUUGCUAUCAAAAGAAAAAAAGGCUAAUUCUGGUGAUUAAUUACCUUUAAAAGAUAUCUUUAUCACAUUAUCUAGUGUUUUAUGAUAAAAAAUGUCCUUUUGAGAAAAAAACCUUUUUGUUUUUCCUAACCCAUAUUCCAUUAUUUGGGUUCUUUGAAAGAUAUCAGCUUUAAGAGUUCAAAGUCUGUGUAAUGUUAACCAUUGAUAAACUACUUUAUUAUUCUUUGGACCUAUUCAGUACAAAUUGUUUUACCAAUUUUUUUAUAAAAAGCUUAGUUAUUCAAGUGUGGCUGAGUCAGCUGACAAAUCACAUGUGUGGAAGUGGAUUUUUAGCUGGGCCUAAAUCACAAAAUUGUUCCUCCUAGAAAUUACAAAAAUAUUGUAAAUGAAUAUCUGAGCUGUACUGCAAGUUCUGAUUUUACAGGGACUCCCAACAGUCAUUAAACAAAGACAAUAUUCAUAAGAAAUUAUCAAAAGUUAUAACAUUUUAUAAUUGUUUUUUUUCAUGUACACAAGUUCCCACUCCUUUCCACUUUGGUCUUCAAAAACAGGUAAAAAGAGGAUAAGAUGUCAUUGACUAGGAUAAUCAUUGGAAAACUCCACCGGCAGUGGAUUACUUAUAUGAUGUCGUUUAGAUAUGGAAGAUGGACACUUCGCAGGGUUCUUGUUGGAUCAUUAGGCUUGUCUUUUCUUGGAAUUGGCAUUUUUGCUUUUUGUAAGAUUAAAAAUAAUUUCAAAUUCUUAUAAUCAAGAGCAAAAAAAUUACACAAAAUUCAUACAAAUCAAAAUAAUAUUAAGUUAAUAAAAUGUCAACUCAAAAUGUAGUGUAAAAAAAGUGUUGUUUAUUUAUCCAUUAGAAAAUUAUUGUUUUUUUACAAGAAAUUUUGAUAAGCGUUAUUAUAACAAAAGAAUACACCGGUCUGAAACAUUUGAAAGAAAGACUACUUUAUGAUUAUGCUUUUGACUAUUUCAUCUCAUCUAAUUCUGCAAUGCAUAAUAUUUUUUUAUAUUGCUCUCUUUUAACUAGAUAGUAUUGUUUUUACUCUUGAGCUUCUUCCAUGGAAUCCACGAGUGGUAAUGUUGUUGUCCUGCAUAAUUUAGUAAUUAUUAGGUUAUGUGAUGUGUUUACAUCAAAUACCAUAUAUUAAAUUGUGUUGAAAAUUUAAAAAAUUUAACUUGAGGUUGAAAAUUCUUACAGAUUCAUAUUUACUUCCAAAUUUUGAUAGCUGUCAUUGUCAUAUCAGCAUAUUUGUGCUAACUUAAUGACUUGUUUUUUUUUCUUUAAAUAUAAAGACUAUACAUAAUGUUUAGUAAAAUUUCAGUUAAAAUGUUUGUUCUGCCUCCUAGAAUAUGUGGUGUGACACUGAAAAAGUACCUGAAUACAUGCUUCAAGCAGCACCAGAUGAGAUGACAGUUGUUACUAUGUUUAUUGAUCUGGGUGUAUUCAAAAAAGGGGAACAACCAUUGGCCUAUCACUCGCCUUACAAGUACAAGAGAUGGAUGCGAACAUUUGGAAAGAUGGUCAAUCGUGUUGUGGCUUAUAUUGAAAAUGAAGAAGACAUUGAAUAUUUCAAGUAUGUCUUUCCUUAACUACAAUUUGUUGUAAUGAUUGCUAUUUUAUUUGUAUUGUUCUAUGUAUUUUUAUGCUUGCUUCAUGGCUUUUUCUUCUCUUUAUUUUCUUUAGGAAAAUUAGGUCCUGCCUACCCCCCAGUCAUACAAAAGUCAUUAAAAUUCACAGAGAAGAACUGCCAUCAUUUAAAUACCUUGCUCAAAUCAAAAGUAUUUACAGCCUACCGUCUUAUCCCAAAUACCACCCAAACACAGUGUAUCCAGAGUAUUCAUGUGCCAUGCAUGCCAAAUAUGAUGUUUUGCAGCGUUCCUGUAUCAUGGAUUUUUUCAAUACUCCAUACAUUGCAUGGGUGGAUAUUGGUUUAUUCAGAUCCCUGGACGGAACAGAUUAUCCUUUAUUUAAGCUGGUCCCACCUGACAAAUUUAACCCUGAGAGAGUUGGAUUUAGCCAGGCCUGGCCCCAGGAUCCAGUAUUUACACCAGAAUUUGUCUUGAAGAACAAAUUAGUUUGGGUGUCUGGAAGUAUGGUUCUUGCAACUAAAGAGGUGAGCUUUUAUACUUUAUCUGAAGUAAUUCUUAUGAAACAGUUAAAAAAUAUAAAAGUAUAUUACUAUCGAAGCACUAAUGUGUUGCACUAUAGAAAAUGUCUUGUUGAAAGCUUUCAGUGAUUUCAGAACAACAAAUUAAACUUGUGUAAAAACAAGUGCACAAUUUAUCAUAAGUAUAAAUCUGAGAUUUAAAAACAAAAGCGAUAAUAACCUCUUAUUUUAUCUUCUUUAUUUUUAAUUCCUGAACUUUUUGUGUGUGCAUAUUUAAGCUAUUAAAAAAAAAUUUAAGAACUUUCACAAUAGAGAACAUUUGCUAAUUGCAAAUUAAAAGAUGGUUGUAACAAAUAUUUUUGUCAAAUAAAAAGUUUAAAAAAUUGGAUGUGUCUAUUAAAAAAUAAUUAACUUAUUUUCACAGUUCCAGUUUGUCUAUAAAAUAGUAGUCGCCAUUGAAUAGAAUAAAUAAGUGAUAGCUGCCAUUAUCUCUUAUUUAUUCUGUUGGCUUUAUUAUGAUAUUCAAAAGGGACAAUUAAUAAAUGUUUACUUAAAUUUUUACUUGGACAUGAAACCAAAUUUUUUUGGGGGACUUGAUUUGAUAAUCUUCCACAAAAUAAUUAAGUUAGGUAUAGGUGGGCAUCUCAGGUAUCUUUAUACAUGAGAACUUGUAUCAUUAAAGGGAGAAAAGAAAAACUAAGAGAAACUUGACAAGCCUUACACAUUUCUUAUGACAUAAAUCAUGAGAUAGAGCAUUUUGAGACUAUUGAUGACAGCAGAGAUGAUAUAAAAAGCACAAUGUCCGCUUAUUGGGUCAGUGCAUAAGUGACCACAAAUGUCUCAACGAAAAAAUACUUUUUCUUUUUCUCAAUUGUGAUAUUUAACAAAAAUUUACUCAAAUAACAUAUGUAAUUUAUAUUGGGGAGGGAGGGGGAUUUUGAUAAAACUUAGGACCUCUGCAGGUCUUAAUCUGGUACUUACGCCUGUACUAUUAAAUAGUGUUAACAACAUAUUUGACUGAGCAACUGUAACAUAUGUAUUUCUUUGUGCUAGUUACAUGUCUGGAUACAAUACAUUUGAAUGAACAUCUGCUUGCUGCCCUAGCUAAACAUUUCUAUAAAUUAGCUCCAUCAAUACCUAAGUUAAACCGUGUACUAAUGCGUACAAUGUGAACCACGUAUAAUGCAAACCCCUAAAUUUUGGUUUGGAAAAAAAGCCCUAAAAUGCCAUGUCCUUGUAUAAUGCGAACUAUUAAUUUUUUCUGUAAUAAUAUAAUACAAAAGAACUAUAUAUUCAUUUUUAUAAAAAAUGUUAAAAUCCUUCAAAUUGUUAUAAUAUUUAAAAUGAACUUUGGUCAUAAGGCAUACUGAUACAGCUACAGAUAUCCCAAAAAAAGGGGAGCUAUUUACAUUACUGUUGUUAUGAGGAGAUACGAUGCCCGCUCUGUCCGGAAUGCAAGUGGGCUAAGAUGAUUUAGUUGUAUAGGUAUAAGUAUAUAUUGUUUACCUGCAAUGCAAAAUUUCUUACAGGGGCAUCUCGUAUAAACUCCUUUUAGGUAGAAAUUUUUACCCAAAAUUUGUCACAUUAUACGCAGUACUGUCUCACUGAGUGUAUUCUCUUUCAAAGUUCACUGUCUCAGUCUCAAAGUCUGUAAAUCCAUCAAUAUGAUUUAGUGCGCUUCGAGCCUUUGGGGAUGAAGUGUGAUUUUCAAAUAAACUUUAUUAUUAUUAUUAUUAUUACUGUACGAUACUUAAGUUAAAACUACCUCACAUUAAUACACAAAUUAAUUCCGUCCUCUGGCUAAUAACCUAUAUUUCUAUUUUGUUCUGUGCUUAUCCUAUGUAAUGUGUUAUUAAGUGGUUUUCAAUAAUUUAUAAUGAUACAUGCAAAUAAAUGAAAAUAUCACAAUAAUAAAUCAAAAUUGUGUAAAUAUGUUUAUCAAAUGGUUGCUUGAUUUUUUUUACCAUUAAUUUUUACUUUCAGUACAUGCUGAAUUUCACUAGAGAUUACAAAGAAGCUGUGAACGAGCUGCUGGAUCAGGGACUAUCUAACACUGACCAAGAGGUCAUCUAUGCAAUGUACUCUGCCAAAAUGCGAAAGGCUCAUUAUGUAAAAAUAAAAACGUAUCUCUGCCAUCCAGGACAACUGGGAUUAUUUGGACCAGCAUCCCGCUACUUCUGCCUAGGCUAUGUUUGUAAAAAUGCUUGGGACAAGAGAGUACCGCACAUCAGGAAUAAAAUUUCAGGUGUUGCCAGAGAUCAUAGAUAAUAUUUGUUAACUAGUAGUUGGAGAUGUGGCUUACUAUUUGUUGCUAUUUCUGUUGAUGUUUUGCUAUUUUUAGUAAUUAGGCUUGGAUUGGACUCACAUUUAGUCAGAUAUUUAAAGUUUGGCAAUGGCUUAUGGGAAGACACACAUAACAAAAACCAUUCCAUUAAUGCAUUAAUACUCUGAGAGCAGGCACAAGUCAAAAGAUGUUAUUAGAUCAUUUUGAAUUUGAACUUCUUCUAUAUUUAGGGCCCACAAUCAAUUUAUUGAUCAUUCUGGCUCCUAUGUAUGUAACUUUUUUUGGUUCUAAUGUGGAAAAAAAAAGGGCUUUAAAAGUCAUUUGUUUUUAAAACUUGUAAUUUAUGUAAGUUUAUGUAUUGAAUGAAUAUAUAUUAUUAUUGUUGAUGUUUUGCUAUUUUUAGUAAUUAGGCUUGGAUUGGACUCAAAUUUAGUCAGAUAUUUAUAGUUUGGCAUUGGCUUAUGGGAAGACACACAUAACAAAAACCAUUCCAUUAAUGCAUUAAUACUCUGAGGGCAGGCACAAGUCAAAGGAUGUUAUUAGAUAAUUUUGAAUUUGAACUUCUUCUAUAUUAAGGGCCCACAAUCAAUUUAUUGAUCAUUCUGGCUCCUAUGUAUGUAACUUUUUUUUGUUCUAAUGUGGAAAAAAACAGGUCUUUAUAAGUCAUUUGUUUUUAAAACUUGUGUUUUAUGUUAGUUUAUGUAUUGAAUGAAUAUAUAUUAUUAUUGUUGAUGUUUUGCUAUUUUUAGUAAUUAGGCUUGGAUCGGACUCAAAUUUAGUCAGAUAUUUAAAGUUUGGCAAUGGCUUAUGGGAAGACACAUAAACAUAAAAAAAAAACCAUUCCAUUAAUGCAUUAAUACUCUGAGAGCAGGCACAUGUCAAAGGAUGUUAUUAGAUCAUUUUGAAUUUGAACUUCUUCUAUAUUAAGGGCCCACAAUCAAUUUAUUGAUCAUUCUGGCUCCUGUGUAUGUAAAUUUUUUGUGCUCUAAUGGGGAAAAAAAAAGGGCUUUAUAAGUCAUUUGUUUUUAAAACUUGUAUUUUAUGUAAGUUUAUGUUUUGAAUGAAUAUAUAUUUUUACACUCUCCUGAAGCAACUGAUCUACAUAGAUGUGUAUAAAUUGGUUAUCUAUAUGUACAAAUUGGUAUGGACAUUUAUUUUGUAACACACUUACAAUAUUAACAAUAUAUAUUUGAACUGAU